AUGCAAUACUUGGUCUUCACUUUCCUCCUCGUUUCCCUCUUCUUGGCCGCUGGUGCGCGCGCUGGGGUUUAUAUUAUCCGACCCUCGGCUGGAUCGACAUGUCGCGGCGGAGAAGAAUGUACACUACAAUGGAUGGACGACGGGCAGAGUCCGUUGUUGUCAGCCUUUGGACCGAGUACCGCAGGACUCUACACCGGGCAAAUGAAAUUAGUUCAACCGCUGGGCGAUGUAGACACCUCUGGAAGCAGGUCCUUCACAUUCACUGUAGAUCCCAGGGCUGGCCCGAAUUCCAACGACUAUUAUAUCGCCUUGGCCUCUAAAUCGCUCGGAGAGAUGGCGUGGUCACCAUUCUUCAGGAUGUCCAAUAUGGAAGGGUCUUUUGACUCGCCCUUGCCUUCCUCAGCCAUACCCUCACUGUCUACCUUGUCACCACCGCAAUCCAGCUCGACCACUAUUCUCCCUACUAUCACCGUCGGCACUUUAAACACAUUGCCACUUUCUAUAUCCUCCACCUCCAUCGAACCCGCUGCAUCGUCAUCGUCUUCAACAACACCGAACCCCAGCGACUCAUCAGCUCCCUCGUCCUCUGCGACACCUGCGACACCUUCAUCUACAACCGGAUUCGCGUCACCCUCAUCAACCUCGAUAUCGACACCUUCAACACCGACACCACUAGCGUCUCUACAAGCUACGAACGUAUCCCCGGCGCCUGCCUCGACAGACGUCGUUGAAGCGAUAAGCUCUCGCUUCGUGACCUCGACAUUAUCUCCCUCCUCAGAACCCACUGCAAGCUCAGCGAACUCUAACUCGUCAUCCAACGCUGCCUCGACGCUUCUCCGUGGCUCGUCUUUGUCAUCACCGCUAUGUGUAGGGGCAAUCACUUUGUUGGUGUCCUUCGUCGUUUCCCUUUUGUAG